AUGCUUCAAUUGGAAUUGGGACGUGAUCCUAGAAAUUUAUUUGUAGCUGUUGCUGACGUUACGGUAUACCUACUACGAUUUAAUUAUCAUGUUGCGAGCGUGACAAAUAUAUUUCUGGUGAACCUUUCGGUGGCGGAUCUGUUGGUGACUCUGUUCUGUAUGCCGGUGCAGAUUUCCAAGUCUGUGACGCUGCUUUGGCCUUUCGGAGAGCUUAUGUGCAAGACUGUAAAUUUUCUGCAAGGCGUGGCAGUUUCAUCGUCGGUCUUCACGAUAACAGCGAUGUCUGUGGACCGGUAUUUGGCGGUGACGCAAUCUGUUCGUGCGGCUUGGCUACCGUCACGACGAGGCGCGUGCGCUUUGCUGGUGGCGCUGUGGAUGGUGUCGCUAGCUAUAUUUGCGCCAUUGCUCGCCGUUGCUGCCGUACAACGGGAGACCGUGCCCGUGUUGCUCACCACACGUAACGCUUCGUACUGGGUCGAACGCAACGUGGAGUUCUGCACGGAGAAGUGGCCGGAUUCAAUUCGCAAGGAACUUUACGGCACCUUUAGUUUCGUUCUCGUUUACGCUAUUCCCGGUUGUAUAGUGGUGAUAUCGUACUCUCUAAUGGGCAGGCGCCUCUGCUCAGUUCUUCCUCCGUUCGACCAGGGCGCCGGCAGCGCUAACAGUCAGCAGCGUAUUCGUCUGGUGCGCGAGCGAAAGCGCGUCGCGUGGAUUUUGCUGCUCCUUGCUGUGCUGUUCGCGAUGUGCUGGCUGCCCUACAACAUCCUGCAGCUGUUGGUAGACAUCAACGCCGUGCAGCCGGAUGCAGUCGCGCCACUCAUGCCCUACACCUUAUUAGCAGGUCACGCGAAUUCUGCCAUCAACCCAAUUGUUUACUGCCUGAUGACGCGUAAUUUUCGGCGGUCACUGCGCAAGCUGCUCUGUCACGACCCCGGUAACAUACACUCUAGUACUCACUUCCAUAUGCACGGGCUGCGUCAAAAGUCCAACACGUCUAGCAUGCGUACAGCCACCACGGGGACAUUUCGAAGUAGCACCGCGAACCGCCUUCCUCCGCCCGCUGCAGCCUCCAACGUCCACUGCGCCAGGGUUAAUUGGGCGGCCUCCGUGAAAGAGCCUUCGGGGAAAGACCACAAUAAGCCACAUUACUUGUAA